AUGGUGACAGCAAUGAGCCUCAAACGAGCUCUCGCACUCGCAGGGGCGGCCAUCGUGGCCAGCUUCACUCAACUCGCACAUGCGCAGACUGCCUCGACACCACCAGGCCCGACAUUCACGGGAUCGCCUAGUAACUGCAACAAGUGGUAUGUGGUCGCCGAUGGCGACAACUCUUGCAGCACAGUGGAGGCCAAGUUCGGCAUCACGCAUGACCAGUUUAUCGCUUGGAAUCCGGCGGUAUCCCGCGACUGCGUGACCAAUUUCUGGAAAGGCCAGGCAUACUGCGUUGGGUUGAGGUCUGCUGCUACGUCCACGACAUCAUCCACUUCGAAGACAAGUCCAACAUCCUCGUUGCCGGGAAAUUCGACGCCUGCUGGGCCAACCUUUACCGGUUCUCCCAGCAACUGCAAUAGGUGGUGGUACGUGGUCGGUGAUGCCGACAGAGAUUGUGGAGUCGUCGAAGCCAAGUUUGGUAUCACGCAUGACCAGUUCAUCGCUUGGAAUCCGGCGGUGUCCCGCGACUGCUCGAUCAAUUUCUGGAAAGGCCAAGCUUACUGUGUUGGUCUGGGCACGAGCACAAUCACCACGUCGAGAGCUUCGUCCUCCUCGGCCACAAGGUCGUCGAGCAGCUCCAUGACCAUCAUCACGCCAACUACGCCUUACUCAACUCGCUUCCCUCUAACGAAUGAAACGAUCUACGGACCAUCGUCGACCGAGGAGUGGCCUCCUUCAAAGACGCAAGCAGGGCAGCCUGCGUACUGCAACAACUGGCAUUUUGUACGGGGUGGCGAAGCCUGCCCCAACAUCGCAGGCCUUUACUCGACUUGGAUGACUCUCGAAGACUUUCAUGCUUGGAAUCCGGCCAUUGGCAUCGACUGCUCGGGACUGUUCGUCCACUACUGGGUCUGUGUGGGCAUAAGACCCCAGGUCCAGCUCACGAUGCCAUACGAGACCGGCACCGCUUCUGCUAACGCGACGAUCGAACUGCCUCCGUAUAUCUCCUUCACACCGGCCCCGACUCCGACAGACAAGCCCGUCUUUGACACUCCAUCGCCUACUCAGGGCCAGUUACCGGCAAACUGCAAGGCUUUCUGGAGAGCCGAGAAUGGAGACACAUGCGCCCAGGCCGUAGAGGAGUACUCCCCAAUCACCAAGGAGCAGUUUCUCGCCUGGCACCCGUUUCUGAACGGCAACUGCAAUGGGCUGUGGGCAGGCAACUGGUACUGCACCGCCGCCUUUGACUGGGACAAUGUCCCUAUGCCGCCCACGGUCAAGACGAGGCCCUCGUCGGUCCCGGCGGGCACUACGGGCGACUGCGUGGCCUGGUACAAGGCCACGCCGGAAGACACGUGUGCCAUUGUCGCCCAGAUGUUUGGCACGUUUGGCCAGGCCGACUUUAUCAAGUGGAAUCCUUCAGUCGGGGUCGAUUGCUCGGACGGCGUCAUUGUGGACAGCAACUACUGCGUUGCUGUGGCCGGCACGCCGACCACGCGAACGAGCGCUGUCUCGAAGCCCACGCCGCCAUCAUCGGCCCACAGUCCUGCCCAGGACGGCAUCGCCUCGGACUGCUCAGAGUUCUGGUACGUCUCGGACGAGGACACGUGUGCCACAAUCUCGUCGCAGUCGGGUGUUUCCCAGGACUCUCUGAAAGCCUGGAACCCUGCGCUGGGAAGUUCCUGCGCUGGCCUGCAGCCAGACUUCUUCAUCUGCGUCGGCCGUCCCAGCAGCAGUGGCGGAGUUACCACCACCACCACCACCUCAGCCUCGCGAAGCAGCGCCCGCAGCAGUAGUAGCAGCACGAUGAGUAGCCUACGCAGCAGCAGCACAACGAGCAGUGCACGCAGUAGCAGCAGCAGCAUGACGAGAAGCGCAGCCGCAUCCCCAACGAGCAGUGGCGGCUCGAGCGUACCAACGCCCGCGCCAGUCCAAAAUGGCAUGGCAAGCGGGUGCAAGAAGUUCUAUCUGGUCAAGGGCGGUGAUGGAUGCUGGGCCAUUGCCAAUGCGAAUGGCAUCAAUUUGAGUGACUUUUACAUAUGGAAUCCGGCUGUAAACAAUGGCGGCGAAUGUGCGGGUCUUUGGCCAGACUACUAUGUCUGCAUCGGCAAGUGA